AUGGAAAGUUUGGAAAAGCCCCUUUAUGAGGUUUUUAAAAGAUUUCAAAGUUCUGACUACUUAAGCUCAACUGAAUGCUGCUUAUCUGCUUAUGACAUUAAAAGAGUGCUCAAAUCAAUUUACAAAGGCAGAGUCCAUAUUAAAAGCAUAGAUGCUAUAUUCAAUUAUUCCCCCGCCUCUAGUGAUGAAAUUAAUGGUAUAUUAAUUUGCCUGACACAACUCGAAAAAAUAGUCAGGAGGGACUGUGAAGAACUAAAAAAGCCUAUUGUUUCUUUUUGGAAUAUAAAUGACAAAAAUCAGCCGGGUGAACAAGCUAAAGAAAAUUAUAUAUGGCAAUCAAUGGUAAUUAUUCCCAAAAACUAUACAAGCCUUGAUGGAGAGCCUCUGUCUAACUCCUCUGAGUUAAUUUAUAUGGUCGAUUCGUCUGGUAAUAAUUAUAAUUUGCCAGCCUUGGUAAAAUUUUUAUUGAAAACACAAAUUUCAUAUAAAAAUUCUAAUGGAGAUUUAUAUACCAUUGGAGGGCUUUUCCCAUUAGCUAUAAUAAACGAUUCGCUCAGCAUCAAGCAGAGUAGGAAUACGUCCCAAAGCUGGCUAUGGUUGAUAUUCAACGCAAUAAUGCUGACUUCCACAGGAAAUUGCAACUAUUUAAAUGAAUUUUCAUACUUUGAUGCGAACUGAAGUAAUAAAAUAUUGGCUAUCUUUGAAGAUUUAGGAAUCAAUCUUACUGAGGAGGAAAACAUUGAGAGUCUUAGAAACUUACUUACUUAUACAUUAAUAGGAGUCUACCGUAUUGUUAACGCAGUCACCAAGGACCCAAUAAUAGGGUUCACCUGCUUUGCGGUGUAGUCCUAACAAACCAUAAAGGUUUGCCAAAGGACAUGCGCCUCCUCCUUCCCACGGCGUGCCGCAGCUCAAGUAUUGAGUGGGCGGGCUAUGGAUUUCUGCGGCUUGCUGCUUGAGUUGACGAGAGUUGGCUUUCAAAAAUUCCAAAAAAUGGAAUUUCUGAUCACCUUUCGGCAAAAGGGGAAAAUUCAGGUCCUGGGACGUAACGCCCAGUUUCACGCUAGGUAAUUACCCGAAUGGUCUAGGCGUUGCCUGUAGACUUUGCUGGGCUUACCCUUUCCAAACCUGAGCCACCUCUUCCUCUCGGGGAAAAAAUCCAUUCUGGUCGUUGAGCAUGGGCCAGGCUCUGCUCUGAAGAAUUGCUUACCUUGGCAUUGUUGCCCAUUUCCGGAAUGGCAAAACCUUACCGGAUAUAAUUAAAAUAUGAGUCGAGUAUGUAUGGCCGAGAGGAGAGGCCAUACCCAGACGAAGACGCCAUAUUUUAAAUUAUGUGAGUCUUAGAAACAAUUUUAGUUCGGAAUUACUAAAAAUGAUAGAAAAGGCAAUUUUAAACGAGCUUAUUGCAAAACUGUCCAUUAUUUGUUAAUUACUUUCAACUUUUACGUCCGUUAUGUGAUUGCCUUCAUAAGAGCUUUUACCUUCCUUUCACAUAAUGAUCAUCUGGCUGCUGGUUUCGCCCACUUUGGUUAUAGGCAAUAAUCGAACAACUCUCCAGCUUGAAACCAGGAGUUGCACCCUGGGCAUAAUUUUUUUCCUUUUUGGGAGCUGACCUGAAAAUCAAUUUAUGGCGAACUUCGAUAAAAUGGUUAAUCAAGCCGUUCAGGGGGCCAUUUUGAGGAGCUGAAAAAGGAUCAGAAGAGCUAAGCAUAAGAAACCUCAAUUAGAGCAUGAAGCAUUAAGAGUGCGUCGUAAACAGCUUGGAUGCCGUUUAGAGUUUUUUGAAAUUUUCAGAGCAGAUUUAUGUACUCUGAAAGUAGCUCAGCCAUCAGCCCGCAGUAUUGUACUCAAGUGUACAGUUGAGUCUCUGCUGAAUUUCCCUUUAAAACUCCCUGCCUCCAAUUUCCCACAAGGUAAAAUCCAAUUCUGAAAUCGAACUUAGUCUAGCUCUGCACACUUUGGGAAUUGUUUACCAGCAUAGCUGUCCAUUUCUGGUUGACAUAACCUUGUGGAUAUAAUUAAAUAUAUGCUCGAGUACGCAUGGCCCCAUGUUUAAUUAUAUGUGCAAAAUUGUCAUUAUGGCCGAUUUUGGAAGGUGGAGAAGGAUUUUUAGCAAAGAAACUGAAUAUAAGCCAAUUGUGUGUAUUAUCAAUGUACCAAGACAAUAAUAAAUUAGAUGAUGCACUUCAAUUUCUCGAUUCAUUCAAGGAAAAAGGAGAAUCAGAUUCUGAUCUAUUAAAUACACCAACUGAAUUGCCUUCGACAUAUCAAUCACUCAUUAAGGUCAAAAAAAAUUGUAAGAUAAACUCUACAAUUCAAAGUUUUAAAAGAGCAGUCGACGAAGACACUAUUAUUGUUGACAAAACAAUGCUUAUAAAGGCAAUUUUAGACGACAAUAAUACACAUAUUGCUAUUACUAGACCAACAGGUUGGGGUAAAUCAUUUAACAUGAGCAUGCUCCAAGCAUUCCUAAAUCCUCAGAUAAAUUGACACGAACAAUUCUUAAAUUUAUAUUUAUUUACUGGGAAAAGAAAUAGCACUGAUAAAAGCGACUCGGACGAUAGAAGGCGUAAAAACAUAAUGAUUGCAGAUAAAGAGAAGUAUACAAUGUUCGCUGGAAAAAUCCCGACUAUUUUAUUUGUAUUUCCUAAGAUUUGAACCUCAAAUGCUGAAAUUUAUUAUGAAGAGAUCAAGAUUGCGCUAUCAAAAACAUUACGUGAGCAUGUUCUUUCAUAUCAUCAAUAUUUAGAGCAAAAAUUAAGAGAUUCUUCAAUAUAUACAAAUUUUAGGGAUCUAACAACUGAAGGUUUGGAAAAAAUUAUUGAUAAAAAUAAAAUAGAUUUACCUGAGGAAGUGAAGUUAUUUAGACUAUAUCUAUCAAAUAGGUCUAAAAUAAACAUAUAUAAAGUAUUGCAAGACCUGGCUAUCAUGCUAAAUAUGAUUCAUAAUCAGAGCGUUAUUUUAAUUAUCGAUGACUAUGAUUGUAAUAUUAGAAACGCAGGGACUGAUAUAGAGCAGCGGCAUAACAUGAUAGAUCUUCUAAGAAUAAUGCUGGGUUCACUAGUCUGUGGGCAGCAUUAUUAUAUUAGGAAAAUAAUUGUAACUGGAGUUUAUUAUUAUCCGCUGAUUGAAAUAUUUCCUUCAGGGCAUUUUAUUUCUUCCACUGUUUUGGAUAAUUAUUUAUCUGAUUACUUUGGAUUCACUGAACCGGAAGUUGAUGAAUUAAUAGAACGCCAUUUGGCUCAUAAAUCACUUGCACAUUUAAUACAGCAGAAGCAAUUGAUAAAACAAUGAUAUGGUGGGUAA